CUUCCGGAACUUCAGGGCGGUCGCUGUUUGGGCCGGUGACGGCUUAGCGCCUUAGCUCGCGAUGGCCGCGGCCGUCGCUAUGGAGACGGACGAUGCCGGGAACCGACUUCGCUUUCAGCUGGAACUGGAGUUCGUGCAGUGCUUAGCCAACCCCAACUACCUGAACUUUCUGGCCCAAAGAGGUUACUUCAAAGACAAAGCUUUUGUUAACUAUCUUAAGUACUUGCUUUACUGGAAAGAACCAGAAUAUGCCAAGUAUCUAAAGUACCCUCAGUGUCUGCACAUGUUGGAGCUGCUGCAGUACGAGCACUUCCGCAAGGAGCUGGUGAACGCGCAGUGCGCCAAGUUCAUCGACGAGCAGCAGAUCCUGCACUGGCAGCACUACUCCCGGAAGCGCAUGCGCCUGCAGCAGGCGCUGGCCGAGCAGCAGCAGCAGAACAGUGCCGCGGGGAAGUGAGGCGCCGCCA